UAUCUGGCAACAUGGUGGUGUGGUUUGUGGUACGAACCAUUUCCAUUCCAACAUUAGCAGUGCCCUUUCUGGUCUGGAAUGCUAAACAAUGACAAAGAAUGUUGCCUGUCACCAGGAGGCAUUAUAAAUGGUUGUGGCCUGAAACUUGGACAUUGGAGUGGAAAAAUUCUCUGCACUGUUCUGGUCCCAGAUAUGAAUCAACUGAUCCAAUAAGACUGGUCUGCAUGUCACUGAGCAACAUAAACUGCAGAUCUGCAAACAGGGGAGGUAGAGAAAUGACCUUUUUGGUAAUUAUCCUCAACUUGUUUAAUUAGUAGCCGACUGCUUUUAAACGUAAUUGCAUCUAAUGUGUUUGCACUGUUUCUGUGACCUAAACAGGACAUCAUUUUCAUUAUAUUGGGGGAUUUUAAAAAAAAUGACAUUAAUUAUAUAAAUUACAUAAAAGGGGCUUAGGUAAGGCUGUGGUCAAAUAAAAAUUAUUUCAUAUGAUUAUAUUUCUACAAAUGGCACAUUAGCCACAUUUAAGAUAAAUGUUAUCUGUUAAUAAUGGGUGGUACACCGUAACAUUUCCAGUGUUAAUUCAACUCUAACAAAGUCCAUACACUGUAUGAGUCCAAUCGGGACUGUGUGUAGUUGAGCCAACACUGAGUAUUUGACCGUGUACUAAAUUUUACUAGUAUCGCAAAAACAGAAACGCAGGUUCAGGACCAUUAUCAGGUUAAUGGCAUGUUCUGUGCUGUCAGUAUUUAUGCAGAUACUGUCCCAAUGGAUCCCAGAGUCCUGUUUAUUUUGCCCACUCCUCUCUAUAUUUGUUACACAAAAGAGAUGAACAACAAUUAGCGCAGCGUGUCUUUGCUGUGGUUUCAACUGGACAGUGCCAUUGUGCAGUGUUGAUUGGUCAGUGCCAUUGUGCAGUUUUGAUUGGUCAGUGCCUUUGCAUUGGUGAAAGAGCCAUGUGGGUUUCACAGUGUUGAUGUGGCAGUGUUGUUGUCACAGUGUUGAUGAAACUAUACAACUGUCUCAGUGGUGUCAUUACAUCAGUUGCCCAUGCCUGCUGUCAUAUGCCAUUCAGUGAAGGGCAGCCAGAAACUGGACUCCUGUGUCAUUCCUGUGUUCCAGAGAAAGACAGACACACAGACCACAGAUCCACCUUGUCCCUACUAAUUAUAUACUUCCCAGAACCGACAGAAAUAGUCUGUGACACAGGAGAGUGGUCCGGGGGAGAUUUAGGGUAUUUGGAGAACAGUGUGUGCGUGUAAGGCUCCAUGCUCGUCUGUAUAAUGUGUUUCCGUGUGCAUAUGUUUAGCGUGUAAUGGUGUGUCGUUUAUUGAUGUAUGUCCCUGAGUACAUGUGCCUCUCAAUGUGUACGUGUGUCUCUGUGUGUGUUUGACUCAGUGGAUAAGGAUGUACAAGCAUUAUGUCUGAGUGUGUAAGGGUGUCUGUAGGUGUCAGUGUAUAAGGAUGUGUGUGCAAGUCUCAGUGUGUACAGGUGUUUGUGUUUGUGUCUGACAGUAUAUGUCUCAGCCUGUCAGGGUGUGUGUGUUUGUGAAAGUCUCAGAAUGAAAGGAUAUGUGUACAUGUAAGAGUGUAUGUAUGUCCCAGGUGGGACAGGGCUCAGCUGGAAGGGGUCCAGGGCCCAUUCUCAACAUUCGUCUAGAACCAGUCCCUCCAGAUGGGUCUCUCUAUCCCCCCUCCAUUGAGUAGCCAUGUGGGAGCUGCACCGCUGCCUGCAAUCUGCCCACUGUACUCACGCUAAGAGUGAUGGUGUAUCAUGGGAUACACACUCACGCACACACACACUAAACACAUAUACAAACACACAUACAUAAACACGCACACGCACACACAAACAAACACACACACAUAUGCAGACACGUCUUGCCUUCAGGUAUACACCUUUACAUCAAAACACCAAUUUUAUUGAGAGCCCCUAUUGUUGCACGUGUUAAUUAAGCCAUUUAAGUUCAACUCAAGUGUAUAGUUAACAUGCCUUUAACACUCUUUGUCCUGAGUUUGUUUGUUUUUAUCACAUCACACUUCCAGUAACUGGACUGCACCAUGCUGUUUGUGACUCUAACACAGUGGAGUGGAGAGGUGAGAGGUCUGCUGUGGAAAAACGUGUUGAAGACAAACAGCACUCAGAGCACAUUAGAGAGGGAGUGUCAGUACCAGACUCCAGGGUCUUCUGAAAUAAUUACCUCCAGAUAAAAAAACAAGGUGGUUUAAUUCUUUCCCAUUGGGCUGAGGCCCCAACCAUUCACUGGGCUCCACCAGGGUUUACAAUUAUGACACUCACAAUUAUCACAUUACACAUUUUUUUAUUUUUGUUUUUGUUUUUUUCUACAGUAGGGAAGACUGAUCCCUACUUAAGGAAGCCUCCCUCCUUUUCAGUGGGAGAACUCAGACCCUCAUCUCUCUGUUCCUCCUCCCUCUCCUGCAAGAGAUGGGUGUUUACACCUGGUUAUGGCUGUGGGUGUUGAUGGAUGUUGGAGUAAUAUCUGAGUCCACCUGUAGGCUUCAGGAGACGCUGAACUCUCAGAGUGUGUACAAGGAGGGUGACGUGAUCAUUGGAGCAGUGUUCCCUAUUCAUUUACAGCCGCCUGAGCCAAACCUGGACUUCACACAACGAGCAGCACCUUUUCGGUGUCAGAGUUUUUAUUUGCGUGGAUACCGUUGGCUGCAGACCGCGAUCUUUGCAGUGGAGGAGAUAAACAGAAACCCCCAGCUGCUGCCCAAUCUCACCCUGGGGUAUGCCCUGGCUGACACUUGUCUUGCAGAGACAACAACAUUAGGCGCUGCACUGGGGCUGGUAACCGGGAAGGACCCUGUCGUUACGAGCUCCAGGUGCGGCCGCACUCCCGAGGUGCCUGUCAUCGUUGGUGAUGCCCGCUCUUCAGGAUCUAUCGUGAUCGCUCGCACACUGGGAGUCUUCAACAUCCCCAUGGUUAGCUACUCUGCAACAUGUGCUUGCCUUGGAGACCGUCAAAAGUACCCCACCUUCUUCCGCACUGUGCCCAGCGAUGCCUUUCAGGCCAGGGCCAUGGCACACAUGCUGCGCCUCUUUGGCUGGACCUGGGUGGGGGUGGUCAUGGGGGACGAGGACUACGGCAAGUCUGGGAUCCAACAUCUGCUGGAGGAGCUGCAGAACUCUGAGGUGUGUGUGGCCUUUUCUGAGGUCAUCCCCAAGGUCAACUUGGAGAAGAGUAUCCCACGCAUUGUGGAGACACUCAGGCAUUCCACAGCCAAAGUCAUCAUCACUUUUGCCAUUUCCACAGACAUGUAUGUCCUUCUUAUGGAGGUGGUGAGCCAAAACAUCACUGACAAGCAAUGGAUUGCCUCAGAGUCCUGGAUUACCUCCAGUAUCAACUCCUCUCCAAAAAUCCUUCCCUUCCUGCGUGGUACAAUUGGAUUUGCCUUGCGCAAGGGAUACAUCCAGGGUCUCAGGUCUUUUCUCACUGGGUUUCAGCCCAAAGAUAGGCCCUCUGACCCCUUUGUGCAGGAAUUCUGGGAGGCAAUGCUCGGAUGCUCUUUCAGGAAUGACUCCAGCCUCCAGUCUGCCAGGCCCCAGUGCACAGGGUCUGAGAACUUGGACAAUGUUGAGAACAUUUAUACUAAUGUCUAUGAACCAAGACUCACUUACAGUGUGUACAAGGCUGUGUAUGCCAUUGCACAUGCCAUUCACAACAUGCUGUCCUGCCAACCAGGAGAUGGCCCCUUUGAAAAUGGGGGGUGUCCAGAUGUCACCAACCUCCAGCCCUGGCAGAUUCUCCACUACCUCCGCACCAACAACUUUACCACACCUGUGGGGGAGGCUACACACUUUGACAAGAAUGGUGAGCCACCAGCCGCUUAUGACAUCAUUAACUGGCAAGUGGGGGCACAGGGAACGGUGAAGUUUGUCAGGGUGGGACAGUUUGAUUCUGUGGAUGGAUCUCACAGCAAGUUUAACAUCAAUGUGACAAGAGUCGUCUGGGGCGGUGGCCAGAAUGAGGUGCCUGUGUCCGUCUGCAGCAUGCCCUGUCCCCCAGGCACUCGGAAGGCUGUGCAGAAAGGAAAGCCCAUCUGCUGCUUUGACUGCUUACCAUGUGCAGAAGGGGAGAUCAGCAACACCACUGGCUCAACAGAGUGCCAGAAGUGCCCAGAUAGAUUCUGGUCGAAUGCUGCUCGAACAACCUGCAUUCCAAAAGAGGUGGAGUUCCUGUCCUUCCAGGAGACCAUGGGGAUCAUUCUUGCUGCUCUUUCAGUCUCUGGGGUGGUCCUCACAACCACUGUCCUUGCCGCCUUCUUUUUCCACCGGGACACGCCCCUCGUUAGGGCAAACAAUGCAGAGUUGAGCUUCAUGCUGCUGCUGUCACUCUCUCUCUGCUUCCUGUGUGCACUGGCCUUCAUCGGUCGCCCCACCCCCUGGUCCUGUAUGUUGCGCCACACGCUGUUUGGGAUCAGUUUUGUGCUCUGCAUUUCCUGUGUCCUCAGCAGGACAGUGGUGGUGCUGGUGGCCUUCCGUGCCUCAGUCCCUGGCAGCAACAUCAUGCGGUACUUUGGCCCGGUGCAGCAGAGACUGGCCAUCUCCCUCUGCACCUCUGUCCAGGUGCUCAUCUGUGUGCUGUGGCUGGUUCUCUCACCGCCCAUCCCAUCUGAAGUACAGGGACGGAGUCCCAGGAUCAUCCUGAAGUGUGAUGUGGGCUCAGGGGCUGGAUUUGCCUGUGUCCUGGGCUACAUUGGCCUGCUGGCAGCCAUCUGCUUCCUGCUGGCCUUUUUAGCCAGGAAGCUCCCAGACAACUUCAACGAGGCCAAGUUCAUCACCUUCAGCAUGCUCAUCUUCUGCGCUGUCUGGAUCACCUUUGUCCCUGCCUAUGUCAGCUCUCCUGGGAAAUACACAGUCGCUGUGGAGAUAUUUGCAAUCCUGGCCUCAGGCUAUGGACUACUGCUCUGUAUCUUUGCUCCCAAGUGUUAUAUAAUCCUACUGAGACCAGACAAGAACACCAAGAAGAAGAUAAUGGCCAAAUAAAAGUAAUAGUCCUUACAUUGCA